CGACUGCAAAUAUUAUAUCCUUGAUCUAUGUAUUAUAUUUAAAAUUAAAUAUAAAAUAAGAUUGUAAAUAUAUUUCUAUUUAGAUAAAAAAGAAAAAUAAAGUGUCAAAUAAUGUCAUGACAAAACAGAGACUUCAUAUAUUUUCAACGGACGAUUAAAUUCAUCAAAGAUGUAACACAUAAGAAACAACACAAAAACAAAUCCCGAACAUAACCGCCAAUCAAAAUGUAUAAGUAAGUAAAUUAAACAAUCAACAUAUAGAAAAUUAAAUCUAAAUAUUAUGUUUCCUGAUAAACAAAAGUCAGAUAAUUGUAAUUUAUCAAAAAUUCUAGCUACUUGCCACAGAGAGACACAAACAAAAAAGACUAUAUUAAAAGAUUCUGGCUCAUUAACAGACUCGCUGCAGCGUCCGUCAGAUUCCAUAAACAAAGCUGACAAGGAUUCGUUAAAAUCAUUCGAGUUUAGUCAAAUAAUAAAGGAAUCAGAAAAUUCCAACUCCAUUACUGUUAUUAAAGAUAGUUUUACGGAAGAGACACACGAUCAUUCCAACGCCGAAUCUCUUUCUGAUGAUGCAAUAGCCAAUAGAUACAAAUAUUGUAGAGAAAUCAUAAAACCAUAUCUUAAAUCGUACCCUCAAGGCUGCUCUCAAUCAGAUGAGAAAUUAAUCCAAGAUACGCUGAAUUCUAUCAACGACGACUUUCCUGACUAUCGAUCCUGCUUUGAAAUAUUUGGCAGCGAAAAGAAAAGUAGCUCUUCAAUAGCCAGCAGCAAUAAGAUAGGCGGCAGUACUUGUACAUUUAGAUCUAAAUCAAGUUGCAUAAAAAACUCUUGUGACUCCUUAACUACAAUUGAAACUCCAAAGUGUAAUAAUUCAUCAAACAACAAUUGCAAACAAAAAUCGAUCUGCACACCUAAAACAAGUAAAAAAAUUGUUUGCCCACCAAAAGAUAGCAAGUUAAAAAAACCAAUUUGCGUGUCAAAAACUAGUAUGAGUUCUGAUUCUAAAAAUAAAGACCCUAAAAAGGAUUGUCCUCCUCCUGAGGAAAAAUCUCCAUGCAAAAAGAAAACCAAAUGUCCACCCCCAAUAGACGAUUGCAGUGAAAAACAAACAUCAAAACAGGAUUUACCUGCGGUAUCGUGUACCAAAAGCGAUCACACUCUUAAAUGCAAAGACAGAAUUUUAAUAGAGGCAUGCGAAGAGAAACCCAGUAAAAAGAAUGGAGUUACUUCCAGUAGCCAUUCUUGUAACUUAGAGUCUGCAAAAACAUCUCAUACAAAAACAUGUAAACCUUGUUCUUCACACGAUACUCUGGGAGAACAAAAAAGUAUAUUAGACAUACAUGGUGAAACAAUUACUACAAUCAAAGUUGCAGCAGAAGACUUCUUUGGAAAAGUUUUUAAAAUGACUAAAGAUGCUGUAACAGUUAUAACGACAGAAAGCGUUCGACAUUUGAACAAAAUUACACCAAAAAAAUCUGAAACUGAUAAUAACGAAUCUGCACCGAUUACACAAAAUGAAAAUAAUGCAGGGACUAUUUCCGGCUUUAAUUUUUUCCAUAGUUCAAACAUCCAAGAGGAAAAGAAAGGUGAAUGUCCAGAAGAGCGAACGAAAAUGCAAGAAAUUGUCAAAAAUAUAGCUACGAAAGUAAAUUCAACCAUUACAGUGAUCAGUGAUCAGAUACAUACUGUUGCCAGUUCUAUGCUAAAAUCGAAGAACUUCAAUGACAAUAGUUCUCCAUACGAUAAACCAGUGCCUCCUGAGGAAAUUUCAAAUAGGCUGCAGGAAUCAGCUCCUACUCCGAGUAAUGUUUUUACAGUUAUAAAGUCAAAAAUAUGCUCCAUGUUUUACGAAACUGAAAAUCAAAAAGACUUAUCGAGGACUCCCUCUACGUCAUCUACUGAUAGCGACAUAUCAAAAAAGGAAGCAGAUACUGGCCUUUUUCAACGCUGCAAUGAAUAAAUAACUUUUACAUUAAAAUAA